CUCGAGAGGUUAGCUCCACCCUUAGACCACGAUAUUCGGGAAAGCCACUGGAUAGCUAACAUCGGUCUGUGUGGACAGAUCGGGCUUGAGCAUGGCCGGGCAUUACAAGCAGAGAUUCGCAGUCAAAUUGAAAUCUACGACUCUAUGUUCCAAUACACAUCCAAGUUAGCAUGGCCGGACGUCCGAGAGAUAGCGAAGGAAUUCCAACCUUCUCUGCAAAGGCUGGUGCCUCGUCUCUACGGGGAACUGGAAGGCAUCGCAGAGGGAGCAGGCCUGGACAUCCUUGAUAUCGUGGCCCUGAAUUGUCGCAGUGAGAUUGCUCUCGGAAAGUUCUCGGAUGGAUGCUCGACUCUUUGUUGGAAGAAAGGUGACAACACACGGGUUCUCUCGCAAAACUGGGAUUGGACGAAGACUGUAUCGAAGAAUCUGGCACUAGUGUCAAUUGAGCAGCCCGACAGGCCUACGAUACACAUGGUGACUGAGGCUGGCAUAAUUGGAAAAAUUGGCUUCAACUCUGCUGGUGUUGGCACCUGCCUGAAUGCGAUUCGAGCAAAGCCGAUGAUGAGCAGCAAACUUCCGAUUCAUAUUGCUCUGCGUUUAUGCCUCGAAAGCAAAACGGUUGACGACGCGGUUCGCACUCUCGAGGCUUUGGGUGGCGUUGCUUCAGCUCAGCAUAUUCUGGUCGCGGAUAGUACCAAGGCGCUGGGGCUUGAACUGUCCCCUGUGGGCAACAAGUACAUUCCCGAGGACGACCUAGGCCUGAUCCCGCAUACCAACCAUUUUAUCCAGAAUCGAUACGUGGAGGAGCCGCCGUGGCUUUCCGGAUCUCCAAUUCGUCUGAAGCGCCUUGGAGAAUUAGCCCGCGGACUGAUCGCGGACGGCGUGCAAGGUGACGCCAUUACCCCGGUGUUAUUGAGGGAGAAGAUAUUUUCCGACUCAUAUAACGCUCCGCAGGCGAUCAGCUGCCAGCCCGAUGAGUCUCGUCAUAUCUCAACGCGAAGUAGUUCGCUGUUCAACAUCGUGAUGCAUCUAGAGGCUGGGAAUCCAACUGCGGAGGUAGUCUUCGGCCGUCCUGGAUCCGGAGAAGAAAGCUCUGUUUUACAAUUGCCGUAG